AUGAGCCAUUCUCACCCCUCUGGAUUACUUGCAGCAUAUAAUAGUCUUACCGACAAACACCUGGUGGGAUAUUUUAACAAUACAAGGAUAAGGCGGCAUCUCUUAAGAUCAGGGCUGAUCACAAGAAAUGGAAGAAUACUGUCUGAAAAAGAAUACAGACUAAAUAUCAUGAAGAGGGAUCACCAAAAAUAUAUCCGGGAGUGCUUAGCCCAGGCUAUUUUUCAUAAGGUCCUUGAUAUGGAGCGUUACCAUCAGCUUGAAAUUAAAAAGAAACUGGAGACGUUAGCCAGAAAGGAGCGAAUUCAGAGAUUUAAGGGAGAGCCCACAAGAUGGUCUAUAGAAAAAAACAUGCCAGUGCUCUCUCCCCACCCACCAGUGGGCCCAAAGACUAACCGUGGUUGUAGUGUUCUGGUUGAUGAAGGACAUUCCAGUCCAAUAACAGUGACGGCCCCUCGACCACAUACCGCCCCAGGAAUUAUGCAGCCUCCACUUCGAUUACAGCCUCUUCCCAGGCAUCCUACAGCAGGAACUGUUCCAAAGAUCACUCCAGGGUCCAGAUCCAAAACCUCACCGCUGGAAACUGAAGCUCCUUUUCCCUUUAGGGGCAAAAAGGCAAUGAUGAAGCUCAGGAACUCCAUGGACAAUUCACAGGGAAUGAAACAGUAUCAACCUCUGAACAUUAACAGUUAUAUGAUGCCUGUUCCUCCUCGACCUCCUUCCCCGAAUGGAAAAAUCACAAGGGAAAAUAGAUCUGAAACAUGGAGAAGGAGAAGAUUUCGGCCAACCACUGCUCCAAAUGGCUUAGAACCAGCCUCUGCCGGGGAUUCAAGAAGGAUUAAUAAAACACCACUGCAUAGUAAUGCAGUCAUUACAAUGAUCUAUUUAGGGAAGACUACCCACUUACGUUUUGAUUACCCAGACUUCCGAGAUGAAAUAAAAGUUUGUCAACAGCACUGUGGUGGAGAAAACCUUUGUGUCUACAGAGGCAAACUACUUGAAAAAGAGACCUUUCAGUUUAUUUCCAAAAGGCACCAUGGUUUCCCCUUCAGUCUCACCUUUUUCCUGAAUGGGAUGCAGGUGAACAGGUUGAGCUCCUGCUGUGAAUAUAAGCAUCGGAAAGGUUCCAGGCUCGGAGGCAAAGGAAGCUACUUUGGGUUUGUGUGUGUGGAGAAAUCAUCGCCUUGCUACAAGUGCAUUAUUGCAAUGGGCCUUGACAAAAAACCAACUUCGCCAAAAUUUAGGAAACAAAAAAGCCUUGAGAAAAGAGAGGAACCAAAGGACGAGGGGAAACUGAGGAAGGAUGGAGCAUACAUGGUCCCAAGAAGGAAUGAGAUGGAGGGGAGCAAAACCUCUUCUGCAGUCUUUUUUUCAGCCGACGAAGAAAAACCAGGGGUUGAAGAUGUAAGAACUGCUGUAGAAGAAAUGGAACAUAAAGGAAAAGAACAUGUUUGGGAAGAUGACCAGGAAAAUACUUUUAAAUACGAAUAUGAAGAAGAUUUUGAAGUAGACGAGGAGCAACAAGAUGAGAAAGCUAAUAAAAAAGGACAGUCUGAUGAUCAAAUGAAUGAAAUGUUAAAGUCACCAUCAGAUGAUGAAAAAGAUAAUUUAGACCCUGAAAAAGACAGUGACAUCUCGUCACAGAAGGCACCAGAUGUUGAUGACAGUGUGAAAGAUGAAAGUGAUGGAUGCUCUGAUAGUGAAUUGGAAGAAGAUAAGCAAGAUAUAAAAACUGCAUCGUCCUCCUCAUGCAGAAGUCACCCCUACUCUAGCAGCAGUGAAGACGAAUCUGUACUGGAGGACAGGGAAAUGCAUGCUGAUGAUAGUGCAGAUGAAAGUGACAGAAGUUCAUCUUCUCAGGAGUUGAGUGGAAAUGAUGAGCCAGGAAAAUCACACCUUCCCAUUGAGGAUUCCUUAGAAAUUGAAGGUAAAAAAAUCAUAAAAGCAGAUGUGGGGAUCAAGCCUCGGCCAAGAGAGGAAAGCUUGGAGAAUGUUCUUGAAGAAACAGAGAAUGGAACCCAAAUGAUUGCAGAUGGCUUAUCUGAGCAGUCCUGGGAACAUGUUUCCAAGGAAGAAAAGGAAAAUUACAGGAAUGAGCUUUGGAAAGGAAGCACUGCUGAGGGGAAGGACAAAAAGGCAGGUCUCUAUAGGGUGGAGAAAGGUGUACCGAACAGGAUUUUAAUGGUGGAAGAAAGCACAGCCCUCACCUCAAACGGAGAAUCCAAGCCAGUUGCAUCAGAAAUGUACACACUGGAGAAAGAAGCAGCAAUGGAAGAAGAUGAGGUUCCCCAACACAGGGAUGCUGACACACUAGAAGAAAAGGGGGGUGUAAUACUGAGGAGUAAAGCAGGGAUUAAUGAGGUUUCCUUGGGGGAGUGGAAGCCAACAGCAGAACAGCCAGCUCUAGUAGCACUGUCUACUGGGGAAAGGGAGACCCGUCAGGACAUAACAAGUGGGGCAGAGGCAGAAGGGGCUAGAGAGCUGGAUGAAGAGGAGUUAAACCAAAUGGGAAAAGAAGCAGCAAGAGCCUCUGGAAGUCUGAAUGAAGAAGAGGCUCCUGAACAGCAGGCCUUGAUGCAGACAUUGCUGGAGACAGAGAAGGCAGCUUCUGAAGAGGAGCAGAGUUCAGGGAAGGCAGUGUUCAUCAAUAAGGCUGCAGCUCAGAUCUCAGAAUGUGUUCAGGAGGUAGCAGCCCUUCUGGCUGUGACACCAGAGAAGGGAGAGGCUGAGAGAGGGGUGUCUGUGAGUGAGGCAGGCUCUGAACAGCCAGGCAUGGAGGACAGUGAAGAGGAAGCAUCCAUAGACCUAGCGGGCAUGGCACCUGAGGAUGACUCUGCAUGUGAGAGAGAGGAUGGUUCAAAAGAGGCAGUAUAUGGGGGUGAGGAACCAGACAAAGUGAGGAAGACAGUUGUGAGAACCGAAACACCUUUGAGCUCCUCCACUUGUGAGAAGACCGAAACAACCCGAAUGAGGAUUUCUGAGGAAAGCUUCGAAGAACUUUGUGAGAAAGCUGAGAAAAGGAAGGAUGUUGAGACUGAGGUAGAAUCUAAUAGGAAAGAUGAUAGGAAAGAAAGAUUACCAGAAGAAUUAGAUGCAGCAAGGCAGAGGAGGAAAGCUGAGAGGCCAACACCUCUGGGUGAAACUGAAUCUGAGACAGAAGAGGUUAUAAGGGCAAAUGCUCUUCAGGAUGAAGACAUUUUAGCAGAAGAGCAAAAGUUUAAAGGGGAAGAGGGGGAAAUUAUGAAUGAUGUAAGACCUGUGGAAGAGACACCGGGACCCCCAGAUGAAACAGAGUGUGAUGUUGAGAAUGCAGCACCCGUGGAGGGUCCUGAAUGGACUGAAGACACAGGCCCGCAAGGGGAUGAUUCACCGAGAGAGAGGGCCAUGCUUGAAGCAGCACCUGAAUUUGAAAAGUCAUUGGAAAAUAUAGUAAGUGGGAGAAAAGAUGGAGGAGGGGAAAGACUAAGAGAAGCUGGAGACACAGUGCAUAAAGGCAGAGCAGAGCUGCUCUGCGGGGAGAACGGUGAGAAGGCGGCUCCCUCAGAUCAGGACGAGGGGCCAGGCCCUGAGGGAGACAGUGUGUUAGGAGCUCCUGAAAGUGACCCAGAAGGACAUGCCCAGGAGCAAACAGCCAAAGAUCAAGAUGGCCUUGCAGGACUGGAAAGAAGGGAAAGGGAAGGGUCUUUUCAAGGGCGACAAGGUGUAGGGGCCACAGCGAUAACCCAAGAAGAUAUUUUUGAAGGCGAGUCCAUGAUGGCAGAAAAGUUAAGUGAGGAAGUGAUGGAUGAAAACCCAGAGGAAGAGGUGGAUCAAGAGGGCUCUCUGGGGAAAGGAGAGAUGAAGAAUGGGCACAAAGAGGGAGUUGGAAGCUUACAAGAAAGAAUGAUUGUGGCUAACGGAGAUCUCCAGGAAGGAGUGGUGACAGGAAUGGCAGACGAGAAGAGAGAGGUGUUGGCAGAUUUGAAGAUAGCUGAGGGAAAAACAGAAGCAAAUAUAGCCUUCCCUUUUUCAGAUGUUUCUGAUGAGAAAACUUGGCACAAAGUGGAUGAGUUACUAGAAAAAACAGCAUCUGUAGAGAAGGUGGCAGGAGAGGAAAUAGCACUGAGCAGGGAGCAGGUGCCAACAGUGGAGGAGGUGACAGUGACUGGGGCAUCAGAGGCUGAGGUGGGGGCUCUAGGAGAAUCUUCAGACCUGGAAGAGAAGACCCCUAAGCUAGGGCCAGAACAAAAAGGAGGGGAAGCAGAGAUGGGGAGCCAUGGUGGGGGACAGGAGUCAGGCAAGGCUGAAGAUGUCAGCCUGGGAUUAUCCCAACAGACAGAGUCAGAGCUGAGUAGAGAGAGUCUACAGAAUGUGGUAAUACUCCCUGGAAAAGCCAAUUGCUUGGAAAUCCAAGAGAAACAGGAGCACACAGAGCAAAGAGAAAGUGAAAACACAGAUGUUUCCCUGAACAGCAAGGAGGCCUAA